AUGGAUGGGAAGAGGAAAAAGAGGUUAAAAAGAAGUGUCAAAACUUUUAAAUUUUGCAUUGGUGUUAUUCUCAUUAGUGCACUUCUUAUUUCAGGUGGUAGUGAUGGUUUACUUAUAAUUUGGAAUGCACUCGAAACACACCAUGGUCAUGGUGUGCGAGAUCUUGUAGCCAAGCUAAGCAUGAAGGCACACGACGGUGGAGUUGUUGCUAUUGAGCUUAAUAGAGUGAUUGGAGGCAGUCCUCAACUUAUUACAAUCGGUGCAGACAAGACAUUGGCUAUAUGGGAUACAAACAAAUUUAAGGAGUUACGUCGAAUGAAACCUGUUCCAAAGCUUGCCUGUCAUAGUGUGGCAUCUUGGCGUCAUCCUCGAGCUCCGAACCUUGAUAUUUUGACUUGUGUUAAAGAUUCAUAUAUAUGGGCUAUUGAGCACCCAACUUUUUCAGCACUUACAAGACCAUUGUGUGAUCUGUAUUCACUUAUUCCUCCUCUUCUAGUUUCAACGCAUAAGAAACUCAGGAUCCCAAUUAAGGGUAUAGAGGAAUGUGUUGGAUCCCCAUUGAUAUAA